AUGGCGAGAAGAUCCCUCAAAGCCAGGUCGACGCUGGUGCUCAUCAGUCUUCUUCUAAUGGCAGAGCUGGCAAUCAUCGUCGGCUAUGGCCGAAGAGUUGCAGAGCUGGAUGUCUUAGCAGUCAGCGACAGCCGAGGCCGUGGCGGCGGCUCGCCGCCGGCCAAAGGCUGCUGCUUCUCCAAACAGUCAUCUUCUUCAGCGUCAGGGAGACACCUUGGUGAUUGUUGCAAGCACAUGCAUGUUGUGUCCAAGAGGGUGGUGCCCCAGGGGCCAAACCCUCUGCAUAACUGA